UCCAAGUAAGUGACUUGGGUAUGGCGUGGGCUGGAGACAGAAUGCUGGUCCGGGAACGUGGUAUUUUCCUGAUCCUUUUUACGUUCCUGCUGAGUCUUAAAGCAGGAACUGAGGCGGCGUCAGUGACUAGCCUAUCCACCUGUUCUACUGGCUUAGCCGGAGCCCAUCUCAUCGCCAUACAUGGCAAGGGAUUUUCGUCUGAUCAGUUCAACAUGUUUGAGGACUCCAAGGGGAAUGUUGUGAGCUGGUUUUCGGACACGGGCGAGUACGCGUGUGACGUGCAGAAGGAAAGCAGCACAGACAAGAAGAUCGUUUGCUAUACCAAGCACAUGCCCGAGGGAGAAUACCAGUUGAAGGUGUCGGUGGACGGAGUUAACAUCCCCAGCAGUGAGAUAUCCGCAUGUACCCUCACAGUGAAACAAUCCCAUACUCCAACCAUUGACACCAUAACACACUCAUGUGAACCAGGGUCGAUUUUGAACGUUACGGGCAAAUUUUUUACGGACAAAUAUGGAAGCAACAUUGCUUCAUCUUCCAAUGGCAGAACGCAGAAAAUCUUAAGGGUAUAUUCCGGUGGCAGUGAAUGUUCUCUCAAGGACCCAGUCACACAAAAACUAUACGGUAUUGAACUUGAACAGCGACAAGAUGGAAGAUACAAGGAUAAUGGUUAUUUACUCUGCCGGAUGCAGGGCACAUAUGUUGGGAACAUAAAUGUCAGCAUCAUCAUAGAAGAUUUUGGAAGAACUGACCCCAAGUUGACAACGAAAAUUCUGAGUGCAGAAAGUGUGGUAUACAUGACACAGACAUAUGCUGUCAUAACAAACGUCAAUCCAAACCAAGGGAGUGUGGCGGGAGGAACCAACAUCACCGUCACCGGACGAAACUUUGAUAAAACAGACGCAAAUGUGAAAAUAGAUCUCGGAGGCGUGCCAUGUUUGUACCCAACCUAUCACAGCCAGAGUACGAUGACAUGUAUAAGUCCGGCUAAACCUGCUCAGACAAAGGCUGUGUACCCAGGAGGACGAGGCGUAACUGUGGAAAAAUGGUCAACAACUCAGGUGACCAAUCUGGAUGAUAUCCUUAACCUGACAAGUACCGCCAGUGACUACACGAAAAUGCGCCAGGAGCGUAUGUACUACAAGGACACGACAACCAACAACCAAUACGUGGUCAGGUUAUCAAUCCUCUUCAAAGUAACAGAAACUGGCACCUACAGGGUAUAUGUGGCGGGUUCGGGCGGCGCUCAAGUACAUCUUGACCCAACAGGGGGAACUAAUCCGGGGUCAUUUGUAGCCACAUGUGUAAAUACCUGUAGUAGCUACAACAAAGUCUCUGAAGAUUAUCAGUUCAGCAAGGGACAACUUAUCUACAUCGUGGCUGCACACAGACACGUAAAUGAUCAGUCCUACGUGAAAGUGAUGGUACAAAGAAACGAAGCCUGGAUAACAGGAGAUUUGACCGGUGCUGUGAAGCAAGAACAACUUAAAGUACACAUUACCUCGCAACGGACCAAUGAAGUACAGGCUCUGUCGUUGAGUGGGUUUGGAAGCACGGCCUACACUGCGACAGUAAAGACAUUAGAACUCACCAACAUUGACACUACAGCUUACUUUAGAGUCAUCAUAUUUGGUGUGGCCUCUGAAUGGAUAAAGUCUGUGGCGACAGCCAGUGACAUUGAGCGAUCCCUGAAGAAAAUACCAAUGAUGAAAGAUGUGAUAUCUGUAGCUCCAUCAAGUAGUGAUGCCAAAUUUGACAUCACAUUUGAUACAGAUAUGGGACAUAUACCAUUGACAUCAAUAACCACCGCAAAACUUCCGAGUGACUGUUCCUUGUCGAUUUCUGUCAGUGACAAAACCCCUGGAGUAGCAGGCCUUAAACACCUCACCCUUCAGCUGAUGCCGAACGUUCUUGUGCCCCCUGUCGACUACGAUACGACGGCAGAGAAGAUGUCAAAUGCCCUGAAAACUGCCAUAGGUGCAAUCUGUCCGUUAGAUUUUUAUGACCAGGAAGCUGCCAAGUACACAGAGGACUUUGAGUCACAAAGUUUAACCUGCGGAGGCGACGUAGACAUGACCGUCGAAGCUUUCUGUGGACGAAGCUCUGUGAAGAACCCAGCUUGCAUCUUCACACGUUCAACCAAACAAGCGUUUUCUGCAGAUCUUAAGCUGUGUUACGCCUACCAAGGGAACAUGUCGGACAAUUACAGGAUUCUCUGUCUGGAAUCUGAUGGCGGAAAUAGGACUAUCUGGCCUGCAACAAACUUGGCCACAUCUGAGAGCUGGAAUUAUACUUGUGUGAGGCUGUCAGAGUUGGUUCCACAAGAAUGUGUCAAAGUUGCCAGUAUUCAAUUUACUGGUAACCAAGGUGACCAUUGGCUAGAUGCUGUCACGGUAACAGAGGAUACAACAUUCUAUAAAUAUGGACCAGAUGAUAUGAUGAGCCAGAUACGGAAGCAGCCUAGACUUGGAGGACAACUGGUCGUUGGUGCCAGUGUGGUAAAGGCCGCGAGUAAUUUUGAAAUAACACUGAUUUCUCAUGACUGCGGAUAUGACUUUCCUCUGAUCCAGCCUUACGGAGCGGCGAAGAGUGGUGAUGUCUUCAGUCUGAGAUCAGGAGGCACAGUGACAGCAGUCAAGUCUUCAUCUGCUAACCCGCCUAUAACCGGAUCAGUCACGCUUGGAGCAUUCAAUAAGCGAAUCACUGUGCAAGCCAGAUCUACAUCACAAGAAGUGCAGCAAGCUUUUGAAGAUCAGAGUGAAUUUGUGAAAGUCAUCCAGUCUGGCAACUGUUCCGACUUCCAUUGGGAUAUUACCUGGAGCAAACGUUUGGGCGACCUGCCUGCGAUGACUUUGGAGUCCAUAGAUCUAGACGGAAACAACGUUCAAGUUCAAAUAGAUACUGUACAGAAUGGUUCUACAGACUAUCCUGAAGUUGGGGCCGACAUGUCAUUCACAGUCUUUAAAGAUAUGCAGGUGAUGGCUUAUAUAAACAACAUCCCAACAGCCUGUGACGAAGGCCAAGAUUGUUCAUUUACCUACUCAAAUGUGGUAACACCUGUCAUCACUGAGAUCAGCCCUCUACAAGGAUCACAGGUACAGAGUACCAUUCUCACGGUCAGUGGGACGGGGUUCACGGCUGCGCCCACGGUGUUGAUCGGUAGUGUCCCUUGUGUUAACCCGACCUUCACAGCUACAGAGAUCCAGUGUACUGUUGGUAACGGACCAUCAGGACCUGGUAGUGUUACUGUACACAUCGCUGGAGUCGGCAACGCUACCUCAACAACCUCCGACCAGUUCACCGUACAGGCGGGGGCAGGAACAUUAUCACCUGCAGCGGGCAGUUUGGGAGGAGGAACAGAUUUGACGAUCGCCGGUUUCGGAUUUGCUACUGACGCAUCAGUAACUGUAGGAGGAAAGUCUUGUCAGGUGACAGGAACAACACUGCCCGGACAGGUUGUCUGUGUCACACCUCCUUCGGAUACAGCCGGUGCGGUUGACGUGGUCGUGACUAGCUACAGCCAGUCUCUCACCUCUACAACACAGUUCAAUUACGACCAAUCAUUGACCCCUGAACUAAAUACUGCAGAUACUUUGACCUCCGGUGUGAUAGGUGGUGGUACAAUUACCCUGACUGGUGUUGGUUUUGGAUCAUCACCGGCCGUUCUAAUUGGAGACGAGGAAGCGACAGUCAUCGGGGCAACAGACACCGUCAUUACAGCCACAAUUCCAUCACAAGGGAUCGGAUCUUACCAAAUCAAAGUUAAAAGUGGUACAGAUGGAUAUGCUGCAGUCGAAUCUGCUACAACGGGGACAAAAGUAAACUACAUACUGAAUUUGGAUGCCAUUUCUCCUGAUGAGGGAUCAUUAUACGGAGGGACUGAGAUUACCGGUGUGGGCCAAGGUUUCGGCACAGAUGCCUCGUUGCUGAACGUAUCUGUAGGUCCUACCCCUUGCGCUGUGUUCAGUGUCACGGACACUCAAUUCAAGUGUCGAAUAAACGACACGUCCAGCCAACAUGUUGUGAAGAAUACAGGGUAUUCAAGUUUAUGGGGCGAUGGAUUUGCCUGGAAUCCCGCUACUUUGGAUGUUAAGGUUGGGGAUGUCGUGAAAUUUGAUUGGUCAGGAAAAACGGAUGAUAUCAAAAUCAAAAUGGUAGAAACUGUUGGUCUCAAUGGCGAUAUUAAAUCCGGGGGCUGGAACAGCGGAGACGCUACUAAAGAAGGAUCCUUUAGUAUCCAGGUUACAGAAACAGGAGAGUUUUGGUACAAAAGUUGCGAUGACACGCAGGCAAAGUGCUUUUAUGGGAAGAUAGUAUCGCAGAUUAAGGACCCGUCUGUUGCAGAUGUUACGAUGAAAGUCAACAACUUCGAGGCUAAUUACAACACACAAUCAGGUGCUACAGUGCCAUCUACCUCUGGAGGAUGUGGUUCAACAUCGUCACCUAUAGCAGGGUGUAGUGCAGUAGCUCCCUCUGGUGGUAGUGCUGAUAAGUUUCAUUUUACAUUCACUGAAUGUCAAUCAGGGGAGGUAACUGAGAUGACUUGUGAUAAGGACAUGGUAACGUUGGAAGGGACCGGAUGGAGCAGCACAGAAUGCCAGAAUGUUAUCAUAGUUGGUGACCAUCCCUGUCCUGUUACAAGUGUUACAGCAACCACAGUCACUUGUCAGAUUGACACUUCAUCUACAAUUCAGACCAAUGUGAAGCACAAAGUGCUGGUGAUCAUCGCUGGUCGUGGUAUCUCCAUCAUCAACGUAAAGGACCCCACCUGUACCGUUCCUCCUUUUGUGAGCAGUCUGUCCCCAGCAUCGGGAUCCUCAUCUGGAGGUGCAAUUAUGACGAUCAACGGUGUUGGACUUCAGGAUGCUACUGUGCAGAUAGAUCGCUACAGUUGCCAAGUGACUCAGCAGUCCUUCACAACAAUAACAUGCAUUGUUCCUUCUGGUACCGUCGGACAGUCAAAGCCCAUAAAUGUGAUCACUCGGACCAAUGCAGUGGUCAGUUGUUCACAACCCUGCCAAUUUAUCUACACCCAAGAACUGCUGGUCUCAGGUAUCAACCCAACGGCGUUAGAUGGAUCAGUGAUGCAGACAUUGACUAUUGAUGGAAACGGUUUCGGUUCGGACGUCUCUGCUGUGGUGGUCAAGAUUGGGUCAGAGAACUGUGGCAAUCUAAGACUACUAAGUGAUAGUGAGAUCAAGUGUGAUCUACAGUAUAUAUCUGUUGGUGUUUACCCUAUCAAUGUUACCAUUAGUGGUAAGGGACUGGCUAGGACUACGACUGCUGUUACAGUAGAAGGCAUGGCAGUGCUUAACAGCGUGAAUCCAACCGGAGGCAGUGAAAAUGGCAAUACCAGCAUCACAUUGUACGGGAAUGGGUUCGUCGAAGGCGAAACAACUGUAACAAUAGGUGGUUCCCCAUGCGACGUUUCCAUGACAACAUUGUCAACCAUAAUGUGUUGGACCCCCAGUGGUAGUGGCACUAAGACUGUUGUUGUCUCUGUACGUGGUACAGCAUAUUCAACACAACUAGAUUAUUUGUUUGAUGCCAGUAAAACGCCGACGGUAACUGGAGUGAGCCCUUCCACUGCUACGUCUAACACACAGAUAACCAUCACAGGAACACACUUUUCCGAAAACGCCGGAGAAAACUCAGUUACUGUAGGUGAAGCUGCCUGCUCUGUGAUAUCACAAACUAGUACACAAAUUGUCUGCAACACAGGAUUACAUCCUGCUGGGAGUAAUCGAGUUAUCGUAAUCAGGAAUGGUGGUUACGGUAAAUCAGUUGGUGUCAUCAACUUUACGUAUGAACUUACGACCAAUUCCAUUGAUCCGUCUUCAGGAGGAUUAGCUGGUGGUCAGCCGGUCAGUAUCAGUGGUCAAGGAUUCGAGUCUGCUACAUCUGUAGCAAUAUGCGGCCAGACAGCAACUGUGGACACCAUGGCAACAACUUCAUCUUUGUUGGUGGCAGAGACACCUCAAUCUACCGGUGAUGUCACAGUUUCUUGUGAUGUGGUCGUUACCUCUGGCUCUCUAAGUGCCACAUUGGCCUCUAGUUACACGUACGAUGCCAACCUCACUCCAGAGGUUACAUCAGUCAGACCAGGACAUGGAGGUACGGGCGGAGGCACCUUAGUCACAAUUGAAGGCUCCGGUUUCGGAGUUGUACAGGCUGAUGUGGAUGUAUCGAUAGAAGGAGUGCCAUGUGUCGUCCAAUCAGUGACAGCGACAGAGGUCACAUGUCUCACUGGUGCAAGGCAAGGUUCCGUCAAAUCUAUGGUGGACCUUCGAAAAAAGAACGGUGGCAAGGCAAAGCAGACGAGUGCAGAUUACGAAUACCUUGACAUCUGGAGUUCGUCGCUAUCAUGGGGUGGUAGCCCGCCACCAGUGGAGGAGGACUUCGUGGUCAUUCCGUCAGACCAAACAAUUCUAUUGGAUGUCACCACACCUACCCUCAAAAUGCUGCUCAUCCAGGGAGGGAAAGUCAUUUUUGAUGAAAAAGAUAUAGAGCUUCAUGCUGAGUACAUUCUGAUAACAGAUAAUGGUACUCUGCAGGUGGGGACAGAAAGGGAUCCGUUCCAGCACCAAGCUUCCAUAACACUACAUGGUGAUGUCCGGUCGACAGAAUUGCCACUCUACGGUUCCAAAGUACUGGCCGUACGAUCGGGGAACCUGCAACUUCACGGCAAACCGUUAGUAAGGACCUGGACAGAGCUGGCACAAACUGCUGAUGUAGGAGCAACUGUAUUGACUCUUCAGGAGGCGGUCAACGACUGGUCAGUAGGUGACGAAAUCGUCAUAGCAACCACUGGACAUCGCCACUCACAAGCAGAGACUGAGGUCAGAACUAUUACUGGGGUGUCUGGAAAUGGACUGACCUUAACACUGGACAGUGGCCUGACUUACAAACACGUCGGUGAGCAGGAGACCUUUGGGAACAGAGUGGUUAGCUACAGGGCGGAAGUUGGUCUACUGACCCGGAACGUCGUCGUACAGGGUGCGAUGAGUGAACAAUGGAACGAUGCAAUUGAGGCAUGCCCGGACGGCUUUGAUACAGGGGAAUUCGCAACCCAGACCUGUUUCCAGGGACGAUUUGGAGAGGAAAUUGGAAACGACCAAUUUGGGGUUCAAAUAAUAAUGCACACUGCAAAUUCAAUGGCUCAAUUGGAGUAUGUUGAGGUGAAGAAGGCAGGCCAAGCAUUUCGCCUCGGCCGUUACCCGGUCCACUUCCAUCUUAUUGGUGAUAAUAAAGGUUCUUAUGUGAAGGGCCUGUCCAUUCACGACACAUUCAAUCGUGCUGUGAACAUUCAUGGAACCAACGGCCUCUUGGUUAAGGAUACUGUGGUCUACAACGUUAUGGGAGGGGCUUUGUUUCUUGAGGAUGGAGUAGAGAUGGGCAAUAUAUUUCAAUAUAAUCUUGUCUUAUUCGUGAAGGCCAGUUCCAGUCUCCUUAAUGAUGACAUUACUCCGGCUUCUUUUUGGGCAACUAAUGCUAACAACACGUACGAGUACAACCAUGCCGCCGGAGGAACCCAUUUUGGUUUUUGGUAUAGGUUGCUUCCUCAUGCUGAGGGGCCAUCAGCAUCAGUCUAUCCCAAUCUAACACCGGAUAAUAUACCGCUCGGCUCGUUCAAGGGAAAUGUAGUCCACUCUUUCGGCUGGUUUGGAGUUUGGGUGUUUGAGAGAUAUGAUCCCACGGUAAAAGGCAUCGCCACUGAAGCUCCAAGCCCUGCAGUCUUCAGUGACACAACUGUAUGGGGAUGCGAGAAAGGGUUUGAAUUUGUGCGGAUGGGAUCUUUCGUUGUAGACAACUGUGUUUUCGCUCACAAUGAAAAAGCUGGAUUUGAAGUGAAGCUCACGAUUGGCAAUCAAGUAGGGAGCAAGUACUUGUUAAACAACACUGCCAUAAUCGCCUACUCUCCAUACCUAGCGGAUCAUCACGAGUGGUCUGGCGGAGACGUGAUCGGCAGUGGCAUCGUACUUAGCUAUGGAAGUGGGAUGGAGACUCAAUCUGUCUCAUUUUACCGCUACAAUAAGGCCCCUUAUGCAACACUUACAUUCACGCGCGUUCAGGGGACUUGUAUAGAGAGGUGUGGUGGCUUCAACUACAUUUUUAAUGACAUCAGUUUUAUUGAUUCUACAAGAAAACUUGUGUAUGACUGGGAAAACCAAGGAGUACUCAUUGACCAGGAUGGGUCUUUGACUGGGGUCGCAGGAGGCCACACAAUUGCCCCUAAAAGUUCUGCUUUGCCUUCCAGCUGCACCGAUGCCCCAGCUGAAUUCCAAAUUGGUGUAUGGACUGCAUCCUUCUGUCCCAACACAGUGAAGUUUGGUCAUGUUGCUUUCAACAAGAUAACACCCGAUUCUCUUUUCGCAACAACUGCAUUUUUCGAGAAUAGCAACGGCAUUGCGCAAGCUGAGUAUGAGUUCCAUAGGGUCACCCAUUCCGAAGGCAAUAUGGGCCUGUUACCACUGAACUACGACUACGAUUUCAGUUUCCAAGGUUCCCAGCAGAUCACAAACAUCAGCUACACUGCCACCUUCUUCGACAUUUCUGGGAGCAAUUUCAUCAAAGUAUGCCACCGACUUGAGAGAAAGCCAGACCGGUUCUAUUACUAUGAUGGCAUGGGUGAGGACGAUGUCUGGCCGAUGUCUCUAAAUCCCCUAGAUGGCAGUGUCAACGUUGACGGGGACUGGUACUACAAUGACAGUGAAAAGAAAUUUUGUUAUCUGGUGAGUGGAACUAAGGACAGUGACAGACCAAUCAAGGCAUCUGGCCCCGACAUAAUGACUACAAUCAACGCCUUUAAGUGUGAGUACGAUGACUGUAUUACACCGGACCCUAACAGCUUCCCUCCUCAAUGUUCUCCAACCAACGGUCAGAGUCAGACUUGGUCCACUUUCGACUGGAGCGCUGUGCCGCAGGAAGACUGCUUAACAUGGGACAGUACUCAAUCAACUUGUUUACCACCCAGUGAUGGCGACGACCUACUCAUUCCCGCUGGUACAUGGAUGAUAUUAGACGUCAGUCCCCCAGUACUGAAUGAACUACGUAUAGAAGGGACUUUGGAAGUCCAACAGGGAGCUACAGGGAUUAAGAUUACAGCAACAUACAUCUACGUUUUCAAAGGACAGUUUCUCAUUGGCUGCAACAUAAACAAUCCAUUCACUGGUUCUGCUGUCAUCAGCCUCAGGGGAAACCACUCCACACCCGUCUUUGAAUACCCUAGUGGACAUUCAGGACCAAAUUUGGGGUCAAAAGCUAUAGGUGUGUUUGGAGCGUUAAUGUUGAAUGGACUGGACCCCGAAACGACUUGGACGACCAUUACGGCUACUGCUAAUGCCGGUACCAGCACCUUGACCUUGGCUAAACACGCUUUCUGGAAUGUAGGCGAUCGUAUUGUUGUCGCAGCGUCGAGGUUUAAUCCAUGGGAAGCUGAAGUUGCAGAAAUAUCAGGAUUGCGCCAUGAGUCAGAUCACACCGUUUUAACCUUGAGUGGGCCAUUACAGUACGAUCAUAUAUUCACAUCGGAAACGCUCGACACAGAUGUAUCUUACACAAUGGCUGCUGAAGUGGGUCUGUUGACACGCAACAUCAGAAUCGAAGGAGAGUUUUAUGACAACAUUCAGACAGAGGCAUUUGGAGGACGUGUAAUUGUCAGCGGAGCUCAGUUUGGUGAUGACCUUGUAGUGGGAUAUGCGAAUCUUUCCAACGUACAUUUCCUAAACAUGGGGCAAGAGGGAUUCACAAGUAGAUACGACCCACGUCAUGCACUCGCGUUCAAAGACGUUGGAGAUACUUCGACUGGCAGCAAGCCAAGUGCCGUCGUAAAUUGCAGUUUCGAAGAUAGUCUCGGCUCAUCUGUGAUGGCUGUAGGUGCCGAUAACUUACUGAUCCAAGGAAACGUCUUUUACAAGAGUGUUGGACCUGCAAUUGUAACCUUUUCAUCGCACACACAAAUAAUUGGAAAUAUGAUAUCAGGAUAUAUUUUCCCUGGAUCGUUCAAUGGCCGAAAUGAGGCAUCAAACACUCUUGUAGAUGCCUUGAUAAGUGCCACCUCGGCUACAUCUUUGGAACUGUCUGGGAAUGCACUAUCCUCUUCGGAGAGAGCUUGCUACGUUGGACUUCCAGAAUCUAAAACUCCUGGGGUUUCAAUGCAGCCUUGGUCCGAUAACAUCUGUCACUCUUCAUUGUUCGGAUUUGUACUUUUCCCGGAUAGCAUUGAACAAUGGCCGGCCGGAGAUUUCCAGUUCUCCAAUUUUACGUUUUAUAAAAUUUACCUGUAUGGGAUGUAUUACAACACACGUACAAGUAUUACAAUUUCAAAAAAUAAAUUCAUUGAUAAUGGCAUCGGUAUCCUCCCGUUCCUCAUUGGACCCUCAGCCCUGGAGCACCAGUUCGACUUGGAUCAAUACAUCACGAUAGAGAAAUGUCUUUUUGUCGGUCAUUCUGCUGAUUACGACUGUACCAAAGAUGUCGUCGACUCUACGGCAACUUAUUACAAGAUUUCAGUUGAGGGUACGGCCCCAGGAACUAAGGUUGAAAACAGACCUCAUGCCUUCAUUGGCAUGGCUCUGCCAUCUUGUACGUCUGGUACAAACAACAGUCCUCUGAAACCUUUAAACUACAUUAUGAAUUAUCAAUCAAUCGCCUGUCAAUCAACAGUGAGAGGAUGCACUUUUGCAAAUUACAAUUCGGAUAAAUGUGCAGGAAAUAGACCAGUUGCCAUCGCCACGCCCCCUAGUAACGAUGACUACAUUCAUCCUUUACACAUCAGCUCAACUCGACUAUUCAACGUACACAGCAACAACAAAGGCUUUUUCAAGGAACCCACAUUAAGCAAAAUCAACCCGUCAGACUGUGUCGAUAUGGACUGUGAUGGCUACAAAGCAGUGCUCAUCAAGGACAUGGACGGCUCAUAUUCUGGAACAAAUGUCAAAACGGACAUUUUUGCACUGGCCGAGUUUGAAUAUGAUGGUGACCCAAGGCGUGGUGUUGGCAAUUACAGAAUUCCUAAAUCGAUGUUAACAGAUCCUAACGGUGACCGAAUUCCUUACACAACAUUAGCCGAGUAUCAAGGAAUCCUACGUGAUGAUACGUGCGUGAAAAAUGAUGUCUGGCGAAGUUGGACCUGCACCGGAUUUGAACGCCAUCUUGUGAUGUUAGAAAGUAUGGAUUCAGAUACAGAAACUCGAAGGCUGUCCCCUGUUGCUCUGCAAAGCUAUGACAAUCAAGCAAAGGGCUACAUAAACCUAAUUAAUGGCCCCCAAGAUCACGGCUGGUGUUCCGGGUAUACCUGCAAAAAACGCCUGUCCACCUUUCCAUUGAUAAUGACUGCAGGUCGGAACCACUUAUUGCACUUUGCAUCAACAUCACCCAAAAAUCUUCGCCUCCAUAUGCUAUGGGACGACAGCAACACAAAGAUGGAGAUAGGAUUAUAUUACUCUUUCCCUAAUAGCCUUGAUGUUUACUUAGAUGACCAGCACAUACACCCAAAGAAUACUUACCAAGAAAACGGAGAAACCGUUUAUCGCCAUCCCUCCGAUAGUCCCCCUGGUGCAUUCCUCCCUGAUGUGGCUACUGAUGGCUGUGGUACUAAUUUCUACGAUACGGAAUGGCAGCUGCAAUAUAUAGUGCUCUGUGGAUCGACAAGGAUUGACAUCAAAACACGCGAUGCUAUUAUGAUUGGUUUAUCCGUUCUUACUACUGACGACUUUUUUGGAGAAGAAAUCGUCAGUAAUUUGGCAACUUUCCUUGGAGUGCCCGAGUCGAAAGUUCGCAUUCUAGAUGUACAGAAAGCAGGAUCAAGUAGAGGGAAGCGCUCAACAACUGGAACGACUUCGUAUAACAUUGAAAUUGCUGAUAGUCCUUGUUCCAAUAUCAACUGUACAGGUGAAACCCUGACCUUGACCAACGACGAAUUGGUUACCAUAGCAAGCAAUGUCUUGAACGCAUACCAGAAUGGCAUCUUGUCCUCACUCAUGAACGUCACGAUCAACAGCAUGAGUAUCACGGAAGUGGUACCUCCGAUUGACAAUCCCAGCUGGCAGGAGUUUGUGGAAGCACAAAACAACAAACGCAUUGUUCAGUUUAUAGACACCUUUGAGUUCUACAGCCCUAUUACAGCAGGGGCCGAGGGCAAUGUCUUCCCGCAGCAGCCGAAACUUCACUUCACUGAUUCUGCCGGAGCACAUGUGUCCUCGUUGGGUGUAGCCGCAAUACCGUGGCAAGUUCAGGCCGUUUUGCGGUCAGGCACAGGGUCAAACGUCUUGGCGUCCUUGACAGGAAACACCACUGUGGAUUUUGUUGGCGGCUGGGCAAACUUCUCUGACCUCUCACUUAGCCAUAGUGGAUCUGGAUUCAUCAUUGAUUUCAAUAUCAUAUUCCCGGAGUCGAACUACACUUUAGAAUCUGCCCCUCUACAAGUGACCUAUCGACCUUUCAAAGUUGACUUGGCGUACACUGCCGGUAAUGUCUAUACGAACAACCCACAUGAACUUAGGUUCAAGGUUGUAGAUACCACUACCAACACAAAGGUGGACAACUUGGUAUGGAAUGGUGGUGUUUGGAUGGCCACGGUAACCACUUCCGCUAGUAGUGGCUAUGGCGGAGCUUUCAGCGGGACAACGUCCGUAAACUUCGACCCUAGUACUAGUGAAGUGAGUUUCAACGACCUUCAAUUCGACACUAUCGGUAUCCAGGUUUUGACAGUCACGGUCACAUCAACAACAGGCUACAAUCUAACCAUGGCGAAGGAAGUGAUUGUAAUGCAUUCCGCUCUCCAGUCGAUGGUGCCAGAAGUCUCCCAGGUCUUAGCUGUUAGAUAUGACGUUGACUUCAGCGUAUAUGGAAAUUUGGAUUUUGCCGCUGGAGCAUUCAUGAACGAAAUGAUGGCCAAAUUCCCUCUUAUUGCAUUUUCCGACCUUUCUGUCGCCGAAGGAAGUGUAAUAAUCACUGUCACCAUCUCUGGUAACACGACCACAGUGACGGAGGUUACGACCGGUAUAUGUAGUGACAUUUCCUCAGGAUCAACAUUCACCUACAACGGUGCCACGUUUUCCUUAUCGUCCACAAUGACUGUCAACAGUCAACAGUACUACGGGGUCAGCUGCGAGAGCGAGGAGACAUCUGACUCGGACAGUUCAAGGGUAGCACUCAUCAUUGGCCUUGUUAUCGGAAUACUGUCAGUACUUGCACUGAUAGGCAUCUUCCUCUUCUGGAAGCUCAAGAUUGUUCCUAAGACAAAGACACACAAAAUAUCCAAGGAGGACGAGAUAAGGUACAUCGGGACGAUGACACCUGCAGAGGACAUCUUGUGGCGCGAACAGUCGUUCAUGAGUAUCCGCGAGAAAAGUUUGCCAGAACGACAAAUGCCAGGCCUCAGCACACAGAUCAGCGGCCGUAGCACACCCAUGUAUUAGACCUCCACUUAAACAACCAAUGACAAUACUAUUUUGCAGUGUUUUUUUUAUAUUUUCUUCUUUUUAGACUAAAUUUAAAUUGAAUUCAACAUGCAGUUCCCUCCACAUCAGCAUGACAACCAAUAUGUGUAAUAAGACCAUUAUACUCUCUGUACAAAUGAUGGAGGCGGUCAACUAUAUCAUUUUAGAAAAAUAAUCUUUACAGACCUUAUAAUUAAGAUUUUUGAGAUGUUCAUCAAAUGUACUUCCAAAACAAUAUAAGGCACCGAUAUAUCUCAUAUUUCAUAAAUUUGCGUGUAUCAGGAUUUGUUCAUAUGAUUUAAACAUUUUUAUUUUUGAUAGCAUUUUUGUCGGAUAUCCUAUUUAUUUUCGUUAAAACUGUAGCAGUUGGAAUUUGGAAAAUGACAAAUUUAUUUGUUAUUUCAGUUGACAUAAAAAAACGAAAUUUUAUAAUAAAUUAUUUAACAGUUACAGUAAAGUUUAACGAGACCUACAGUAUAAAAUGUUUAUGUUACUUUUAAUUACUGUUAACUUAAGCGGUCUUGAUGAACCUUUUUUUACUUAUUUACGAAGUUGUAGAUUUACACUUGACAUAUAUAGAUGUAUUCUUUUAUUUCUUUAAUUGUGUGUCAGGUUGAAGACAUUUUGUAUUGUUCUAUUGAACCUCCUAUUAUUUAUGAAAGGUAAGAUUUGUGUCAUUAAAUGACAUUGGAUUCAAAAUGUUUUCUUAAAAUACCUGAUAAAUGCUUCUCUGCAAAAUUGAGAAACAAAUUCGUGAAUUUCAAAAUAUGAAUAGACUAGAAAUAAACUUUAUUAAACCAUGAGCUUAUCAAAGUCGUACAUGCGAUUGACCUUUCAACCUGAGCUAAACAUAAUACUAUUAGGUCAUCUUGUAUAUGUAUAUGACGGUUGACCAGACAUGUUAUAA